GCCGCGGCCACAAAGCGGCUGCCAGGCGCCCGGAGCGGGGCGCGGGGAGCUGGGCGCGGCUCCGGGCGGGAGAGGGGCCUCCGGGCGGGAGCGGGGCCGCGGCGCCAGCCCGGCGUGGGCAUCGCUCGGAGCCCAGCGCCUCCUCGGACCCGCCCUCCGCUCCUCCCGCCGCCGGGCCCGGAGCGGAUCGCGCAGGCCGGGCGCCUCCCUCUCGCCGCGCGGCCGGGGCUCCCGGAGCCGGCGCCUCCUCCGCCCGCGGCCCGGCGCCGCCUGGGCGCACCUGCAGACUGGAUCAGGCCGAGGGACCUGAGUGGGCGAGCCCGGGAUGGAGAGCCGCCGCUGAGAGCUCCUGGGGGCGCCCCGGCCUCCGGACACUCCGCAGAUCCGUCCCCGCGGCUGCAGAGCGCUCCGCCUCGCCACCCAGACUCCGCGCGGAUGUCCGCGGGCCAGGCCGGGGCGGUCCCCCGCUGCUGAGAGGCGCGCGGGCGGGGCGGCCGGCGGGCGGCAUGGCCAGGAUGCGACCUGUCCCCGCGGGGGCGUCCGGCCUGGCGCUGGGCUUGCUGCUGGCCUCCCUCGCCGGGCCCUCCCUGCAGAGCGGCGAGUGCCCGCAGCUGUGCGUGUGCGAGGUCCGGCCCUGGUUCACGCCGCAGUCCACCUACCGCGAGGCCACCACGGUGGACUGCAACGACCUGCGCCUCACCCGCAUCCCCGGCAACCUGUCCGGCGACACGCAGGUGCUGCUGCUGCAGAGCAACAGCAUCGCGGCCACGGCCGGCGAGCUGCAGCGGCUCCGCAACCUCACGGAGCUCGACGUGUCCCAGAACAACUUCAGCAGCAUCCGCGAGGUGGGGCUGGCCAACCUGAGCCGGCUCACCACGCUGCACCUGGAGGAGAACCAGAUCGCCGAGCUGCCCGACCGCUGCCUGCAGGACCUGGGCAGCCUGCAGGAGCUCUACAUCAACCACAACCAGAUCCGCGCCAUCUCGGCGCGCGCCUUCGCCGGCCUGCGCAACCUCCUGCGGCUGCACCUCAACUCCAACCGCCUCGGGGUGAUCGACAGCCGCUGGUUCGAGGCCACGCCCAACCUGGAGAUCCUCAUGAUCGGCGAGAACCCCGUGGUGGGCAUCCUGGACAUGAACUUCCGGCCCCUCGCCAACCUGCGGAGCCUGGUGCUGGCGGGCAUGUGCCUCACCGACGUGCCGGGCGACGCGCUGGUGGGCCUGGACAGCCUGGAGAGCCUGUCCUUCUACGACAACAGGCUGGCCCGGGUGCCCCAGCCGGCCCUGCAGAAGGUCCCCAACCUCAAGUUCCUGGACCUCAACAAGAACCCCAUCCGCAAGAUCCAGGAGGGGGACUUCCGGGACAUGCCGCGGCUGAAGGAGCUGGGCCUCAACAACAUGGGCGAGCUGGUGUCCGUGGACCGCUUCGCCCUGGACAACCUGCCCGAGCUCACCAAGCUGGAGGCCACCAACAACCCCAAGCUGUCCUACGUGCACCGCCGGGCCUUCCGCGGCGUGCCCGCGCUCGAGAGCCUCAUGCUCAACAACAACGCGCUGCAGGCCGUGUACCGGGCCACCGUGGCCUCGCUGCCCAACCUGCGCGAGAUCAGCAUCCACAGCAACCCGCUGCGCUGCGACUGCGUGCUGCGCUGGGUGGCCGCCAACACCACCAGCAUCCGCUUCAUGGAGCCGCUGUCCAUGCUGUGCACCGCGCCGCCCGAGCUGCGGGGCCGGCCGGUGAAGGACGCGCUGGCCCGGGGCGCCGGCGAGCGCUGCCUGCCCAUGAUCGCCCGCGACGCCUUCCCCGGCCGCCUGAACGCCGAGCCGGGCGCCACGGUGCUCCUGGACUGCCGGGCCCUGGCCGAGCCGGAGCCCCAGGUCUACUGGGUGACGCCGCGCGGCCGGAAGGUCACGGGGGACACGCGCUCCGACCGGUACACGCUGAGCAGCGAGGGCACCCUGGCCAUCGCCGACGUCCGCGCGGAGGACUCCGGCAGGUACACCUGCGUGGCCCAGAACGCCGAGGGGGCCGACACGCGCGUGGUCACGGUGAGGGUCAACGGGACCCUCCCGGACGGGGCCCAGGUGCUGGAGAUGUACGUGAAGCAGACCGCGUCCCACUCCAUCCUCGUGUCCUGGAAGGUGGCCUCCAACGUCAUGGCGUCGAACCUCAAGUGGUCCUCGGCCACCAUGAAGGUGGACAACCCGCACAUCACCUACACGGCCCGCGUGCCCGUGGACGUCCACGAGUACAACCUCACGCACCUGCAGCCGGCCACCGCCUACGAGGUGUGCCUCACCGUGGCCAGCGUCCACCAGCAGACGCAGCGCUCCUGCGUCAACGUCACCACCAAGACGGCCGCCUUCGCCCUCGGCGUCUCCGACCAGGACGCCAGCACCGCGCUGGCCGCCGUCAUGGGCUCCAUGUUCGCCGUGGUCAGCCUCGCCUCCACAGCCGCGUACGUGGCCAAGAGGUUCAAGAGGAAGAACUACCACCACUCGCUGAAGAAGUACAUGCAGAAGACCUCGUCCAUCCCGCUCAACGAGCUGUACCCACCGCUCAUCAGCCUCUGGGACGGGGACGCCGAGAAGGACAAGGACGGGGCCGCGGCCGCGGAGGCCAAGCCCACGGCCCAGGUGGACACGUCCAGGAGCUACUACAUGUGGUAACGCCGGGCCACGUGGCUGCUGGCGGGAAGGAGCACAAGGACGCGUUUGCUUUAUUCUGCAAAAGGGACACGGGGGGACUUGUGUCACGUGUGCUUGGGGCAGGGCGAGGGCACGGCUGGCUAUCCCAGUGUUUUUGUU